AUGUAGAUUCUUCCCAGCCCUCGGGCAUAAAAGGAGUCAACGUCUCUGCUCCCAACAUUCACGCCACCAUUUUGGAACUCUUCAAGCAUCACAUUUUCAAUGGCUCUCGAGUCUUGGAUAUCAAAUGUCGCACAGGGUAUCUGUCCACGUGUUUCGCGAUAAUGGCCGGCGUCGAUGGAAUAACCAUAGCAAUCGAAUCAACGCCAGCUAUGAUCGACAGAGCCACAAAUUGCAUCUCCAAGCAUCACAAGUACCUCUUGGACACACGUCGGAUCGUGUUUGUCCAAGACUGCGGCUCCAAAGGCUGGAACUACUAUGGCCCCUACGACGCCAUC